GCUGACAUCUCCCCUUUCCUGACUGUAGGUCACUGGCCAUGGAGGGCACAGGGCCUGCGGGGGAGACGCCCCCACUCUCUGCGGCCAUGCGGGCAAAGAUCGAGCGGAAUCGCCAGCGGGCGCUGAUGCUGCGACAGGCCCGCUUGGCUGCCCGGCCCUACCCUGCCGCCCCCAGCGAAGGAAGUGCUAAAGUUAAAGCACCUCCAAAGAUAAUUGACACAGGGGGAGGAUUCUUUCUGGAAGAGGAGGAAGAGGAGGAACACAAGGUUGAGAAAAUUGUCCAUCAGCCAGGACCUGUACUAGAAUUUGAUUACCUUAUUUGUGAAGAAUGUGGCAAACAUUUCAUGGACUCGUAUCUCAUGCAGCACUUUGAUUGGGCAACAUGCGAUAAUUGCAGAGAUGUUGAAGGUAAGCAUAAGCUUAUAACAAGGACUGAGGCAAAGCAAGAGUACCUUCUUAAAGACUGUGACUUAGAUAAGAGAGAACCGGUGCUCAAAUUUAUUUUGAAGAAAAACCCUCAUAAUUCACAGUGGGGUGACAUGAAGCUUUACUUAAAAUUACAGGUAAUAAAACGUUCGCUUGAAGUUUGGGGUAGUGAAGAAACGUUGCAAGAAGCAAGAGAAACCCGCCAAGAUAAUAGAGAAAAGAUGAAACAGAAAAAGUUUGAUAAAAAAGUUAAAGACUUGGUUUACAUUUUUCAUCAGAGCUCCGUCGAGCUGUUAGGAGCAGUGUGUGGAAAAGAGGAACAAGUUCCCACCAGCAUGAGUACGGACCUGAAGAAAACAUUCAAGAAGAUACAUACAAAAAGACAUGUACUAUAUGUGGCCAUGAAUUAACAUAUGAGAAAAUGUAAUAGCCCUUGAUUGAUUUUACAUAAAAUGCACCUUUUGUAAUGUUAAUAUUUUGUAUCAAGUAAAAUAAAAAUGAUUGAGAGUAAA